UGAUAAAGAGGGUCCCGGCUAACCGAAAUGCCUGGCAACUGUAACCAAGAGGCAGGCAUUGCCUCGCUUGGUCAUUGGUCUGUGUAGGAGAAUUGAAGCGGUGAAUAAAAGGAGGAGAGAUAAUUAAGCGACUAGAGACAAGAAGAUGAUAUGAAAAUCUUUGAUUAUUUUUGAAUAGGGAAACAUCUUCAGGGUGUGCAGGAAGAAGCGGAUAAUGAGAAAAGAGGGAGAACCUUGGAAACAAACAGAGAGAGAGAGAGAGAGAGAGAGAGAGAGAGAGAGAGAGAGAGAGAGAGAGAGAGAGAGAACGAGAGCAGUGUGCUAGAGGAGUUGUGUGAGGAAGAUGACCUCAGGUGCUGCCAAAAGGGGGAGGGAGGAGAGAGAGAGAGAGGGAGGGAAAAGAAAGGAGGGAGCGAGAGGCACAGUGGUGGAGAGAGAGGCGGUGAGGAGGAGAGGGAACUGUGAGCCGCUCACAGCAGCUCUGUACACCGGCGGCGUGAGAGGCUGCUCUCAUCCGCUCGCCUCUUCUCCGCCUGCCGUGCGAUUUUGAGCUUUUCAUUUUCAGACUUCUUUGUAAUCGAUUCGUUGACGUUCUUGAUGUUCUUUUGACGUUAUCUUGAUGUUAUAUUUACGUUUAAAUACGUUGACAUUUUGGUUUCGAUUUCCUCAAAGGUCCACCGUCAACCUGCUUUGGUUCUCAGGUCAUUGGAGAAAGCUAACAGGGGUGAUAGAGUGGUCUGAGGAUCUUCAACUCAUCUUUUGGGUGUUUCACGUCUUUCUUAAGGAAUGUGCACUGAGGAAGUUGGCUUUACGAAGAGACUACUGGGUCUACCUCAGCAAAGCGGACUUUACAAGAAGCUUGACAUGCGUCUAAUCAUAUCACUUGCAUAGACUGGCAUGCUGUCACAUCUUGAGUGGAUAUACAAAGCUUUCAUCUGUGGCUGUAUGUGAAACGCUCGGUCAGAACUGGAAAGACGUGGGAUGCAAAUGGGAUUCCCAUAUCAUGCCGUUGGUUCAUCAAAUCUAAAGACACUUUACUAUGAAGUACUUCUCUUCAUGUUUUUGUGAACUGCUUUUUAUACACCAUGCAUGAUGAAAGUUUGUGAAGUCAGUGGAUUGCGAGGAAAGCAAGACUAAAGCUGAUGCUGUGGACCCAGAAUAUGAUGCGUUAAUCAUUUUUACAUGAAAAACUUCACUGCGAGUGAACGUCAGGCUACAAACGAUAGCUUGAGCAGAUUUUAUACUUGGUUUUGGUACCUAAAUUUGUUGUAUGAUGCAUGUGCGAUUACAAGACUUUUGCAAAUUGAAAUCAGGAUUUUGUGGCAUUCGGCAGUAGGUAUGACUCAAGAACUAAAUUGAUAUUUGACAUUUAUAGUUUUCUAGUAACCAAUUCGUUUUAUGAAAGAACACUUACAUUUUUAAUCCAUCUUAAUAUGAAUAAAUAUCGUCAGUUAUUCUUUAAGCCUGUCUCAUGCUGUGCAUUUUCAACCUUAUGAGGACAAUUGAAGUAUUUGAUAGCCACCCAUAUGCUAAAUUAUCAGUAGGAACUGUACACAACAUUUUCAGUCUAGCUAGUUUUUAUAGUUUCGUUUAAAGAUGGAACUAUCCCUGCCUGACAAUUAUUGAACAGCUACAAAGCAUGACUGAUUUCAGAAAGCCUGGUGCCUUUUUUCUGUCUUUAUGGGCCUUAUUGAUUUUUGCCAAUGCUCAUUUCAUUGAGAUUCAGCCAUGUGAAAGACAGAGGUUACGGCAAAGAAGAUUGAGUUCUUCUUACUGAGACAAGAGGGGACAUCUGCACUGCGUUCAGGACGGCGGAACCUUAUCCAAGAGAACAGGCUCUGGAACAAUGAACCGAUCAGGCCCGAUCGAACCAGUCGCCACUGCAAACGGCAGCCUCGGCGGUCAUUACGUGUCCCUAAACCAUUCCUGCCCCGUGGGCUGGGGACAGAACAAGGUCGUGGAGGCGUGCGUCUUGGAGACGGUCGUCAUCGUAUUGCUGACGGUACUCAUCAUCGCAGGGAAUUUGACUGUGAUCUUUGUGUUCCAUUGUGCGCCAUUGUUACACCAUUACACCACAAGCUACUUCAUCCAGACGAUGGCCUACGCCGAUCUGUUGGUAGGACUAAGCUGUCUGGUGCCCACCCUUUCUCUACUUCAUUAUCCAGCUGGCAUCCAAGAACCGCUUACCUGUCAGGUGUUCAGCUACGUUAUCUCCGUACUCAAGAGCGUUUCGAUGGCUUGCCUGGCUUGCAUUAGCGUGGACCGCUACUUAGCGAUUACCAAGCCCCUGUCCUACAAUCAACUGGUAACACCUUGCCGUCUUCGUUGUUGCAUCGUCCUCAUAUGGAUCUACUCAUGCGUUGUGUUUCUUCCUUCUUUCUUUGGCUGGGGUAAGCCGGGGUACCACGGGGACAUCUUCGAAUGGUGUGCUCACUCUUGGCCCACUUCUGCAUUAUUUACCGGCUUCGUGGUCUGCCUGCUGUACGCCCCGGCCACCCUAGUGGUCUGUUUCACCUACUUCCACAUCUUUCGGAUCUGCCAGCAGCACAACCGUGAGAUCAGCGAACGAAGGGCACGCUUCCCGAGCCAGGAGAUGGAAACCGCAGAAGGGGGUCACCCCACGGGUCAUGGGCCAGAUCGGCGGUACGCAAUGGUGCUCUUUCGGAUCACCAGCGUCUUCUACAUGCUGUGGCUCCCCUACAUUUUCUACUUUAUUCUGGAGAGCUCCCACGUGCUGGAAAGUCCUGCUCUCUCCUUCGUGACCACCUGGUUGGCGAUUAGCAACAGCUUCUGCAACUGCGUCAUUUACAGUCUGUCCAACAGCGUGUUCCGGUUGGGGAUGAGGAGGCUCUCGCAGACGCUCUGCUCUUUCAGCCCCUGUGCUCACGAUGACAAGGACUUCGGAGAGCCAAAACCGAGAAAAAGAGCCAACUCUUGCUCCAUUUGAAGAUCUGUAGAGGAUUGCUUGGAUCAGUCUUAAGCUGCUAACUGUUGUCGGGAUUUGGUCCAGACUUUUAUUUAAACAUUAACAAAAACUUGAUAGAUUUUUAACAGAUUGACUGUUACACAUGCCAAGCUAGAAAACUCAUCUCUCACAAAAGAAGAAUGUUUAAAGUUGUUGUAUUAUCAACAUUCCCUGUAAAUACUGACGUGACAUCUGCCUUGUUCUUACAAGUUAACGAAUAAAUACAAUGUAAACACAGCGUAAUUACAUCUCAGUGGUCAUGGUGAAUGGUCCGUGGUUUGGUUUGCAGUCUUUAGAGAGUUUGUGAGAAAAUGUAAAGCCAAGGGGAAGGUUCAAAUCUAUUGUUUGUUAUAGCUCUCUCUCAAUUUAGAGCACACUUGCUAUUUUUAGUCACAUUGCCCAUGUCGUAGAAUUGGUUGUUUUGAUGUUUGUAGAGUUAGUUUGUCACAGUUGUAACCCUACACAGCUGCUUUACAAAUGGACAAUGGGUUAAAGACCUUGUUGACAGGUUUGUUUCAGCCAAGGUCUUGAGCUUUGUGACUUUUAAAUAAGCCAGUGUGUUUUCACUUAAAAUGCAGCUAAAACAAAUGAUGUAAUGUGGGACCAAUGAAUCAUGUCAAACGCGAUGUAGCAAAGGGCAAAAGCAGUCGAUCCAAGUGUUUUUUCAAACCUUUAUUCUAGAUCUGAUGUUUUUGAAGGGAAUCAUGACGUUUCGCACAACAUGGACUACACCUGCAGCGGUUGUGAACUGUAGUUUAGAUUACCAGUGGUGUGAAGCCUUAGCUGUUUGUAAUUAGGCCUAUUUGCCUGCAGUGACCCUUUGAGAAACAUGCAACACAGCAUGUUUUAGUUUUCAAUGUUUUCUUUUGCUGAAUCAGCUUGUUUGUUGCUUGUUUUUCACUCUGCUGUAUGAAUGUCUAAAAUCGAUUAAUUUAUCCUAUUUAUGUUUUCUGUGUCUCCUAAAAUUAAUUACUGUACACAUUGUACAAUGUACAAAUGUACUGUACAAAUUACAUUUGUUUAUUUUGGUAGUUUUUAGGAUUUUCAAAAGUUAAAAUUUUAAAUCAAACAGUAUUUACAUUUUGUUUUUUACUGACUUGUAAACUGUAGAAAAAGCUGCUUAAACUAAUUAUCUAGUUUAAUUUUUUUAUUAGGUUCUGUAGUCCACUUAAAUUUUUCAGCAAUUUGUUCUAUUUUUUACAUCCAAAUUAUUUCCCCAAACCUCUAAACUAGAGAUGCACCGAUAUAUCGGCCAAUAAUCGGUAUCGGUCGAUAAAGGCAAUUCUUCACGCCAUCGGCCAAUAGUAAAAAAAAACAGCCGAUGAUCAGGGCCGAUAUAUUUCCCUUCAAUCAAAAUCGGAAUCGGCAAAUGUUACUCUGAAUAAUCGGCUAUCGGUAUCAUUGUAAAUUGGUAUCGAUGCAUCUCUACUCUAAACCUUAAUGAAUUACAUAUUCCUUUUGCUUAUAUUGCUAAUUUAGGGUGCAUUUGUCAAAUUUUAUUCUCUGAAGCGUUCUAUUAUGUAAUUCAUUUUAAAUUAACCCUCUGUUUUACGCUUGCCAUAAGCAAAGGUCAUCUUUUUACAUUGCAAAAUAUGAUCAUGAAAGCCAUUAUUUUUAUGAUACAGAUUAUAUAUGGCUGCUUCUUAGGGCAGCAUUAGGAGCAACUCGUAUUGCUUGAGUCUAGCAUUGGUGGGUUAGUCACAUAUUUUAGUUAGCUCAAUAUUUGUAAUGCUUUACAAUAAUGUUUUAAUUCAUUUACAUUAGUUAAUGCAACAGGUAUCCGCAACAAACCAGUAUUGUUCUUUGUUAAUUCAUUGUAGCUAUUGCCUUAACCAAUGUUAAAGGCGGGGUAACCGAUUUACGAAUUACACUUUAGACAACUGAGUCAGGCCGAGUACCAAAACAACCUUGUAGCCAAUCAGCAGUAAGGUGCACAGUGCACAAGACGGACAUUAGCCGAGCGUUGACGAAAGCGAAAGAUGGGGGUAGGGGUGUGUUUGUUUUGGUGAUUUGAACGUCAACAACGGCUAAGAGAAAUCGGACACCCCGCCUUUAAUGUAUUAAAUUUAUUGUAAAGUGUUACCAUUGUUUAUGAAUUUACACGCUGAAUCUCAGCUCAGAGUCCAACUAAGAUAGCUGAUGUGCAUUAGAUAAUGAAGAAAAGGCUAAACUUAUAUGAAAUUAACUAUUUAUUUAUUUUUUAAUGGAUGUGAAAAUUAGCUAGUAUACUCUUUGCUACUGAUGAUUCAUAACUAAAAUCAUGAGCCCAUGACAUAACUGUCUGAUGAUGUCACAUUCUAUUGUGUAUGUUUUUAUCCUAAAUUCAGAAACAAAACGUGAAAUAUAUAUUUUAUUUUUUCAGAUUUUUGUUUGUUUUUGUGUGAUACUCUGUCGCUGCCAGUACAAUAAAAGUGAACAUUG